AUGCAGAAGGCCCCUUUACCCCGAGACUCGGGGUCCUGUCCGGAGGGCACGGGCGGGAGCGGUGAGCCGGGAGCGGUGUCGCCAAAAUCCGGCAGGGUUCUGAGGGCAUCGGUGAGGGGAUGCUGCCGGGGACGAGCUGCCUUGUCCCCACAGAAAGUCCCGUCCCCUCCUCAGGCAGCGCUGACUCCCGUUAACGGUGAGCCACAGUGCUCUGCACUGUACGACGGUGCCACUUCUGAUGAACCAAGCGGUGACUCAAGGAGAGAUUCAACAAAAGGAAGCUUGCUUUGUCAGAAAGGCAAAACCAAGAAGCGCCAGCUUACGCCGGUGGUGGUCUUGGAUCCUCAGGAAGUGCCAAUGUGGCUGACAAGCAUGAAACACAACGAAAAGGCAGACAGUCAACCUGUCUGCCAGCAGCCUGUAUCUCCUUUAGGCCUUCAAGGCGUCUUGGAGAAUAAAAAUAAAAGUACUGGGGUUGUUUCUGGAGAAGGAAGUACCUGUAGAAAAGCCUGCAUCAGCGGCUUCAGUGCCAGCCGGUGGGGGAGGCAAACAAGGCUCCGUCCAAAAAGGCACAAAAAUAAGAGACAGCAGCAGCCUAAUAACUCCUUUUUCAGACCACAGAUGAGGCAAAGAGGAAGGAAGAAGGGUGUUCUGGAGAUGCCUGUAGAAAAAAGAGACAAUGGCUGUUCAUUCCUCAAUAGCUCCCUUUCCUGGGGUAGAGUUCAAGCAUCUUUGUCCUUCCAUAAAAAGAAGAAAGUUACCACAGAAGAGAGCUUCUGCAACAGCAUCCUCUCUACCCCUUCUGUGAAAUGCUCGCUUUCGGGGCACCACGUGACCCGAUCUGCGGGUAUGGCUCAGUGCUGCACUUGGUCUGCUUCCUCCAUGAUCCUGCUGGCUCCCAGCAAUUCCUCUUCUGUCCUGGAGCUAAUGCUUACAGAUGCAGAGAAGGUGUUUGGGGAAUGCCACCAAGAGGGGCCUAUUGCUUUUGAGGAAUGCAUUCCUUUAGAUAAGAUGAAGGACUGCGAGAAAAUUGGAGAAGGGGUGUUCGGAGAGGUCUUCCAGAUCGACAGUGAGAGAGGACCUGUGGCCUUAAAAAUAAUUCCCAUUGAGGGGACUGAAAAAGUAAAUGGUGAAGCUCAAAAGAGCUUUGGAGAGAUUCUGCCCGAGAUCAUAAUUUCAAAAGAACUCAGUCUUCUGUCUGAAGAGUCUGUCAAUAGGACUGUUGGGUUCAUCAGCUUGUACUCUGUGCACUGCGUUCAAGGGGCCUAUCCUAAGUAUCUCCUGGAAGCCUGGGAUAAGUAUCACAAAGUAACGGGAUCAGAAAAUGAUCGGCCAGACCUUUUUGGGGACAAGCAGCUCUUCAUGGUUCUGGAGUUUGAAUUUGGAGGCAGUGACUUGGAGCAUAUGAGAAACAGGUUAAGUUCAGUGGCGUUGGCAAAAAGCAUUUUGCACCAGGUCACUGCUUCCCUGGCGGUGGCAGAACAGGAACUGCGCUUCGAGCACAGGGACUUGCACUGGGGGAACGUGCUGAUAAAGAAAACGGCCGUAAAGGAGCUUAGUUAUGUGUUGAAUGGGGCAACACACACAAUCCCCACAGCAGGGAUUCACGUCAACAUCAUAGAUUAUACCUUGUCUCGACUGGAGAAGGACGAGUUAACGGUGUUUUGUGACCUUUCCACUGAUGAAGAACUCUUCCAAGGCACAGGGGACUACCAGUUUGAUAUCUACAGGCAAAUGAAAGUGGAGAACUCCAACAGCUGGACUGACUAUCACCCACACAGCAACGUCCUCUGGCUGCACUACUUGUCAGAUAAACUUUUGAAACGUAUGAGCUACAAGAAAAAGGAAUCAACUACUGCCAUGAGGAAAAUAAAGCAGCAGCUCGUGAAGUUCCACAAAGAAGUGCUGACCUUUGGGUCUGCCAAUGAAGUUUUACAGAACAGCAGCCUUUUCCUGUGA